ACCACUCAAGAAUCGAUGGCCAAGAAAUGAGUUGCCCUCCAACAAAGGCAAGCAACGAAGUCGUCAAGCCGCCGUCGAAAGUUUCAAAGGCGAGCUCCAAAGGUCUUGCUACCCACACACACAUACACCCAAGCAUUUGCCAUUGGCUUCCAGUUCAUUUCAGUUACUUUUAGUGAGAUUGGAGAAACGUGUGUACCUACUUCGACAGCCAACCUUAUGUAUUGUAGUGUCAAACGUGAACUAUCCAGAAAUAUACGAGAAAGAGCUAUUGAACAAUCCACACUACUGUUAAGAAAAUCCAGAAAAUGUCGUCAUCGUCGACCAUUGUGAAUGUGGCGGAAGAUGCCGAGCUUCGUUUGGUCCGUGUGCUGUCUCAGACCGCCAAGAGUGAAUCCUUUAUCCAAGAUUGUCAAGCCUGCAUUCGCAACGGUAACGCGGCUCAGCUCGUGCAGACCGUGGUCAAGGAUGAUGGAGCUCUAGGGGCUCUAUUUGUAAUGGAACCAGCCGACGAAGCUGUCUCGGCGUUUUCGUUGCUGACGGCACUCCUGACUCGAGUGGGCAGAGAAGAAGAAGAAUCCCUCGCGAAACAAUUGGCGGAUGCUGUUGCUGGGUAUCAAAUUCCUGGGGAUGGAGACGUCGUCGCCCAGAGAAAGGUAUCAUUGCUAUCAGUCCUCUACAACAUGCGAGGGAACGGAACAGAAAAAUGCAGCCUAUUGGCCAGAAUGGUCGAGAUAGCAGGCGCUAAUAACCCUGGCCUUUUGGAGCAAGGAAAGCCGCUGGGAGAUAUCCUCCAUGAUGAUCUAGACAGCAAUCUGCCGACUGUGGGUCCCAAAACUCCUCGCAUUGUGGCCAUGCUGGAUGCCUGGCAAGUACCUGUCCCCAACCGCCGUGCACUGUACCUCUCAGCGGUUCGAGGAGUGGGCGCUGGAUCUCCUAGAGAGCAGAGAUUUCUAUUACUGUUUGUAGAAUCAUAUAAGGACGCGAAAGGAGUGGAUGACCAAGGACUUGCUGUAGCAAAGGAGGCAGCAUUGGGGGCCAUCAUUGAUCCCGUUUCCCUCUUUAUUCAUCAACGAAGCAUGCUUUCCAUGCCGGCUAUCCAGGCCCUUGCAACUCAGCAAGAAACCGCUACUCUCUUCGGAUUGCUGAAGGUAUUCCAAGAAGGGAAACUGGAUGACUACCAUUCCUUCAUCAACGCCAACGGUGGAGAAGCCCAGGUGCUAAAGCCAUACGGCUUGUCGUCAGAAACCUGCAUUCGGCAAAUGAGGAUCUUGAGCCUUUGCUCGCUCUCGGCAGAGCACGAAGAAAUUCCCUAUUCUGUAGUUGCCAAGACAUUGCUCUUACCCAGCGAAGAUGAGGUGGAAAGUUGGGUCAUUGCGGCUGUUUCCAGUGGCCUUCUUUCUGCCAAAAUGGACCAGUUGCAGCAAAAAGUCAUGGUGGAACGCUGUGUGGUUCGACGCUUUGACACGGAGCAAUGGAAGCUCCUGCAGUCAAGACUAAAAGAAUGGAAGCAAAACGUUGGGGGAGUCAUCAAUGGAUUGAAGCAGAGUCAAAACGGAUCAUCCCAACCCAUCUAAUUAGAGAAAUCUAUUUGCGAAUACAGUACAACACAAACUUGGUUCAAUAGUAUGUUACAGAAGCAUAUGCUACAUGCU